GCUAGCCAGCCCAGUGUGUGUCUAUGUAGCGGGCAGCCCACAGUGCUUGCUGGAGCGCAGACAGAGGUUGGCGACAUGGCGGCGGACGGAAUGGUCCUCACGAACCACGACCACCAGAUCCGAGUAGGGAUUCUGACGGUCAGUGACAGCUGUUUCAAAAACUUGGCUGAGGACAGGAGUGGCAUUAACCUGAAGGACCUGGUCCAUGAUCCCUCACUGUUAGGAGGGUUUAUAGCGGCCUACAAGAUUGUUCCGGAUGAGAUAGAUGAAAUCAAGGAGACUUUGCUGGAUUGGUGUGAUGAGCAGGAGCUUAAUCUGAUCCUAACUACUGGAGGAACUGGCUUUGCACCGCGGGACGUCACGCCUGAGGCCACCAGAGAGGUGAUUGAGAGAGAAGCUCCAGGAAUGGCUCUGGCCAUGCUGAUGGGGUCCCUCAACGUUACACCACUAGGCAUGCUGUCUCGGCCCGUGUGUGGUAUCCGUGGGAAGACUCUGAUCAUCAACCUGCCGGGCAGCAAGAAGGGAUCUCAGGAGUGUUUCCAGUUCAUCCUGCCCGCUCUGCCCCAUGCCAUUGACCUGCUACGAGAAGCCUCAGUCCGGGUCAAAGCCACGCACACCGCGCUGGAGCAGCUGCCGUCGCCCCCUCCUCUGCUGGCCAACACCCACACCAUGGAGCGGGGCACGCAGUGCGAGGACGAAGAGGACGAAGAGGAGGAGAGAAGGAGAGGGCGACACUCUCACAACCACCAUCAUCACCAGCACGGCUCCUCCCACAUCACUGCUGCCGCCAUUGCUGCCAAGACUAGUCAUGCUGUGGUCAUGGCUAAGGGGGGUCCAUACUUGCCUGGCACCACACCUGCUCCCCCUAUUCAUUUCACCUGCUCUUGUAACCAUGACAACCAGAUUCCAGACUCAAUCAUCUCUCGAGGCGUUCAGGUGCUCCCUCGAGAUUCCGCCUCUUUAAGUUCCACUCCGUCUGAGUCGCCACGGGCAACACAGGCCACCUCCCGCCUAUCCACCGCCUCCUGCCCGACUCCCAAGGUGCAGUCCAGAUGCGGCAGCAAUGAGAACAUUCUUAGAGCCAGCCACAGCGCUGUAGACAUCAGUAAAGUUGCACGUCGUCAUCGUAUGUCUCCUUUCCCGCUGACGUCAAUGGACAAAGCCUUCAUCACUGUUCUCGAGAUGACACCUAUUCUUGGAACUGAGGUCAUCAAUUACAGAGACGGUAUGGGUCGUGUGCUAGCUCAGGACAUCUAUGCCAAAGACAACCUGCCUCCGUUCCCUGCCUCCGUUAAAGAUGGCUACGCCGUGCGAGCUGCUGAUGGCCCGGGAGAUCGCUUCAUCAUGGGAGAAUCACAGGCUGGACAACAGCCUACUCAUACAGUGAUGCCGGGUCAGGUGAUGAGGGUGACAACCGGGGCUCCUAUCCCCUGUGGAGCCGACGCCGUGGUACAGGUGGAGGACACAGAGCUGCUGCGGGAGUCUGAAGAUGGCACAGAGGAGUUGGAGGUGAGGAUCAUGGUGCAGGCCAGGCCUGGACAGGACAUCAGACCAAUAGGGCACGACAUCAGGCGUGGGGAGUGCGUGUUGGCAAAGGGGACUCACAUGGGUCCGUCAGAGAUCGGCUUGUUGGCAACAGUGGGAGUGACUGAAGUCAGCGUCCACAAGUUUCCUGUGGUAGCUGUCAUGUCUACUGGCAAUGAGUUGUUGAAUCCUGAAGAUGACCUCCACCCAGGAAAAAUCAGAGACUCCAACCGCUCCACUCUGCUGGCAACCAUCCAGGAACAUGGAUACCCCACAAUUAACCUGGGCAUCGUCGGAGACAAUCCUGAUGACCUGCUGUCGGCGCUCCACGAGGGAAUCAGCCGUGCUGACGUCAUCAUCACCUCAGGGGGGGUGUCGAUGGGAGAGAAGGACUACCUUAAGCAGGUGCUUGACAUCGACCUUCAUGCUCAGAUUCACUUUGGACGCGUGUUCAUGAAGCCAGGUCUUCCCACUACCUUUGCCACAGUAGACAUCGAUGGCGCUCGGAAACUCAUCUUUGCUCUUCCAGGAAACCCUGUGUCAGCAGUGGUGACAUGUAAUCUGUUUGUGAUUCCUGCACUGAGGAAGAUGCAGGGGAUUCUGGACCCCAGACCUACCAUCAUUAAAGCCAGGCUGUCCUGUGAUGUUAAGCUGGAUCCCAGACCAGAGUACCAUCGCUGUAUCCUCACCUGGCACCAUCAGGAACCACUACCCUGGGCACAGAGCACAGGUAACCAGGUGUCCAGUAGGCUGAUGUCUAUGCGUAGUGCCAACGGCCUGUUGAUGUUGCCUCCUAAAACAGAGCAGUACGUGGAGCUCCACAAGGGAGAGGUAGUGGACGUCAUGGUCAUUGGACGGCUAUGAUAUAGCCUAGGAUGUCAGUUGCCACCAAUUACCAUGGCAGUGCCAGGACUUCCUGUCUGGACAGGAAAUAGGUGGGGCGGAAAACAAUGCAUGUCUACCUGGUCGCCAUUCGCUGUGAUGUCAUAUGCAACAGCCAAUUGGAGCCAGCGGAGGCUGAAUCCUCGUUAGUCUGAGGGAAUCACUGUAUUUCAAAGAAGAAAAAAAAUAUGAAGAAAAGUUAAAAUGAGAUUUUAUUCUGUAAUAUUAUUACCCUGAUGAUGAUUAUUAUGAUAUUCUUAAUUGAUAUUCUAUAUUAUUAUUAUUGUUAUUGUUAUUAUUGUUCUGAAUAUUAUCAUGUCCGUAGUAAUCAUCCCAUCCUCUGUCCUGUCCCAUUUGCUCCUCUCCUGUGUCCAAACAGACGUGUGGAGGUUUGUCAGAGCUGAUCAGCUCCACGUCUGUUCUCCUUAUCUCCAGCCUCUCCCCCCCCCCCUCAUCCCUGCCUUUCUUUCUCCUUAUUUUCUCUUCACGCUUCGACUUCUCGCCACCCAUCUCUGCCCCUGCUCGGUUAUCCUCCUGCUGUUCUUCCUUCUCCUUCUCCUCCUCCUCCUCCCUGUCUUUUCUCUUCUUCUUUUGAGUUGUCUCCUCGCUCCGCCGUAUCCUCUGUCCGCCACUACAAACAGCGGUUCUCCUCGAUACCCGCUCAUUUUAGUAUCAUCACACAGGUCUUUGGAGCGUUUUAACGCCGAGGCCGCAUUCAGGUGCUCCUUUCUACGCUGGUUUACUGGUACAUUUCUCACACAGUUUAGGUUCCUGUUAAGGUCGGCAAAGUCCGGACCCACGAGGUCCACGGCUGCGAACCAAACCAUUAAUCUGUCCUGCCGUAUGGCCGAAUGGCAAAACCGUGGUUUUUUUUUUUUCCCCCACCACACAAGCGAAAUGGUCAGGGACGCCUCACAGUUGGUAAUGUGCGCCAUAACGGAGGCAGUUUACCCCCUUUCUGUUUACAACGCCGUCGGCUGCUGAACUGUAACGUCUUGGUAGCCAGUGUCUAAAAAGAGGUUGCAUUUUGCAAAUUUUAAGAGAGCCGCCCUGACGUGUUGCAUGCACAUCACGGGUCCCUCGGCCUCCACCAGUUCGCCGUGAGCUCACCUUUUUCUUUCUACCUGCGUGUGGAGUCGAAGGCUUCAAACAGUGUGUGACCCUUGACCCUGUACUGAGAGGCUGAUUCAAGCUGCCCCCUUCCCAUCUCUGAUGACCCGCCGCCGUCGUCGUCAUUAUCCUCUCGCUUUUGUCUUCCCUUCCCGCCCCUCACACCUCCGUGGCCACGAAGGGAGUGUCGUCCUCUCUCGGUGGGUUUGAUCGGGGAAGCGGGCGCCGUGCCCGGGUAGAUGUUCGAGCCAGACAAGUGACUAAUCUAUGCCGCAUUUAGAUGUAAUAGCUACUCAUGAACUCUUGUCAUACCCCCCUGGGAUGUUUCUGAGAGGACGCGACCACACGAGAAGUGGAACUGGGUGAUCGGAGCGUCCAGUGUCCCGCCUCCGGCUCCGGUGAAACUGUCUUCCCAUUUACCUUUCUAGCCCGGAGGUCGGAAACUUCUCAGUAUACUUGAAUGAAUUUCCUUUCUAUUUGAGGCGCAGAGCUUGUCCUGGUGACUGUCCAAGGAGAAUAAAUCAGACCCAGGUCAUUUUGAAUAAAAAGAAGCAGAUUACUGAUAAAACUGCCUUUAUACCAACUGAUUAUAAACCGCCGGGCUGAACUCGGCGUGUCUCACUGCACAGAUGAAACUAUGACCAGCACUUGUAAUGAAGCAAUGACACAGCAUUCUACUAUUAUUGUAUAGAUAUAAUAAAGGAUGUUUUUCUGUAAUGAUAUUAUUGAAACUGAAGAUGAAUUAAUAAAACUAGUCCUGGUUAUU